AUGGCGGCUCAGCAAAAGUUUCCACACUGCAGAAGGCUCAUCCUGCUGUGCUUUCUUUUGGCAACCCAGUGGGAGGCCGCGGCUGGGCAGAUGCGCUAUUCUGUGCCAGAAGAGAUCGACAAAGGCUCUUUCGUGGGCAACAUCGCCAAAGACUUAGGGUUGGAGCCCCUGGCACUGGCAGAGCGGGGAGUCCGCAUUAUCUCUAGAGGUAGGAUGCAACUUUUCUCUCUGAACCCGCGGACGGGCAGUUUGAUCACUGCGGAUAGGGUAGAUCGCGAGGAGCUUUGCGCUCAAAGUGCGCGGUGUCUGGUGAAUUUUAACAUACUACUGCAAGAUAAACUGAAUAUUUAUUCAGUAGAAGUGGAAAUAACAGAUAUUAAUGAUAACGCUCCUCGCUUUGGAGUAGAAGAAUUGGAACUAAAAAUCAGUGAAACGACUACACCAGGAUUCCGGAUUCCUCUUAAGAGUGCCCAUGAUGCGGACGUAGGUGAGAACACCCUCCAGAAAUAUGAACUCAACCCAAAUGACCACUUCUCUCUGGAUGUGAGAAGUGGAGCAGAUGGGAACAAGUACCCAGAGUUGGUGCUGCAGCGUGCCCUGGACCGCGAAGAAGAGGCUGUUCACUACCUCCUUCUCUUGGCUUCCGACGGGGGCGACCCUGUCCAAUCUGGCACCUUACAAAUCCGUGUGACAGUCCUGGAUGUGAACGACAACGCGCCAGUUUUUACUCAGCCUGAGUACCUUGUAAGUGUUCCGGAGAAUAUGCCCAUAGGCACCCGGAUACUCACGGUAAGCGCCACUGAUGCAGAUGAGGGAUACAACGCUCAAGUAGCAUAUUUUCGAGAAAAAAAACCUGGAGACACGUCAGAGGUAUUUGAGCUUAAGUCGACAUCUGGAGAUAUAGUGAUCACAAAAGAUCUAGAUUAUGAGGAUGCCAAAUUCCAUGAAAUUGAUGUUGAAGCUCAGGAUGGUCCUGGACUUCUGACCAGAACGAAGGUCAUUGUCACCGUUCUGGACGUGAAUGACAAUGCCCCAGAAUUUUACAUGACAUCUGCUACUAGCUCAGUUACUGAAGACUCUCCACCAGGAACCAUAAUUGCACUUUUCAAUGUACAUGACAGAGACUCCGGGCAGAACGCGUUUAUCCAAUGUUCACUCCAGGAGAACCUUCCUUUCAAGUUAGAAAGAUCAGUGGACAAUUACCAUCGACUAGUUACAACCAAACCUCUGGACAGGGAGCAGAUUUCCUUUUACAACAUCACUGUGACAGCAAAAGAUGGAGGGAAUCCAUCUCUGUCCACAGAUGCUCACAUUUUACUGCAGGUGACAGACAUCAAUGACAAUCCACCUGCCUUCCCUCACUCAUCCUAUUCUGCCUAUAUUCCUGAAAACAAUCUCAGAGGCACUUCCAUCUUCUCUGUGACGGCCCAUGACCCCGACAAUGAUGACAAUGCCCAGAUAACUUAUUCCUUGGCAGAGGAAACUAUCCAGGGAGAACCUGUGUCCUCCUAUGUUUCCAUCAACUCGGACACAGGAGUCCUGUAUGCACUACGCUCUUUUGACUUUGAGCAGUUCCAUAACCUUCUAUUGUGGGUGACUGCCAGCGACAGUGGGGACCCAUCACUCAGCAGUAAUGUAUCCAUAAGUCUGAUAGUGCUAGACCAGAAUGAUAAUGCACCCGAGAUCCUGUAUCCUGCAUUACCCACCGAUGGCUCCACUGGAGUGGAACUAGCACCCCGUUCCGCAGAACCCGGCUACCUGGUCACCAAAGUGGUGGCAGUGGACAGAGACUCAGGUAAGAAUGCCUGGCUGUCCUACCGCCUGCUCAAGACCAGUGAGCCAGGUCUCUUCGCAGUGGGGGUGCACACCGGUGAGGUGCGCACGGUGCGGGCCCUGCAGGACAGAGACGCGCUCAAGCAGAACCUUGUGGUGGCUGUCCAGGACCAUGGCCAACCUCCUCUCUCAGCCACUGUCACGCUCACCAUUGCUGUGGCAGACAGUAUCCCUGACAUCCUGGCUGACCUAAGCAGCCUCGAGCCUGCCCAUGACUCUGACGCCUCCAAUCUCACGCUGUACUUGGUGGUGGCUGUGGCCGCAGUCUCCUGCGUCUUCCUUGCCUUUGUCAUUGUGCUUCUAGCACUCAGAGUGCGUCACUGGCACAAGUCUCGACUGCUUCCGACCACCAGUGGUGGUGUGGCUGGCGUGCCUGCCUCACACUUUGUGGGUGUGGAUGGGGUACAAGCUUUUCUGCAGACCUAUUCUCAUGAAGUCUCCCUCACCUCGGACUCCAGAAAGAGUCACCUGAUCUUCCCCCAACCCAACUACGCAGACACACUCAUCAGUCAUGACAGCUGUGAGAAAAAGGAUUUUCUGUCAGCAUCUCAAUCUCUACUUGAAGGUGAAGGACAAGAAAUAUUUUCUCAGGUAAACUAUAUCUUCAUCAUAUAUUUAGGAGCUAUUUUAUUAAAAAUAAACAAAUUAUCCAGUUUAUUUAGCUGCCUCCACCAUUUACUAUAUGUACCUGUUUUUUUCCUUGAGAAUAUUUUAGAUUUCUAG